AACGUAACGAACCCGGAAACUGGAGCAAAAACGUUGCACGUCGUAUUUAUUUAUUUUUUUUUUUUACUUUUUGAACGCGCCCCUGAGUCUGACAGCCACGAGGUUAACGAACCACAACAACACAGUGCUCGCGUGACUCGCAUUGGUCCACAGGUGAUUAUCGGGGAUUGGCUGUAAGCUGCUUUUAGUGACAGGUAAACAUUUUCGGAAACUGGGACAACGACAUGUCUUCCACCGAACAGAAGAGGAGCAGACUGUGAGGGAACGACCAACAAGUAAAUGUACACCUGUCAAACUGAGGCGGAGCAGACAUGGUGGAGGUUUUCACGGGGCGGACGCUCCUCAACAAGGACGGGGAUUUAAUUGACCCAGACGAGGCGUUAAAGAACAAAGUAGUGGGGAUCUACUUUUCUGCCGGCUGGUGUCCGCCAUGUCGAGACUUCACUCCCAUUCUGUGUGACUUCUACACGGAGCUGGUGGAGGAGAGCGAACCUCCUGCUCAGUUUGAGAUCGUCUUUGUUUCGUCUGACAAAUCCAGCGACGAUAUGGUUGAAUAUUAUCAUGACAUGCACGGAGACUGGCUGGCUCUGCCCUGGACGGAUGACUACAAACAUGAGUUGAAGCAUCGCUACAAGAUCACCGCGGUGCCCAAACUGGUGAUCGUGAAGGAGAAUGGCGACGUGAUCACAGACAAGGGCAGGAAGCAGAUCCGAGAUCGAGGCCUGUCCUGCUUCACGACCUGGUUGGACGCAGCCGAAAUCUUUCAGAACUUUAAGGGUUAGGAAAACGAGAGGAACACAUCAGUCCCCUCCUUUUUUACAGAUACACACACACGGGCUUCCGUAAAGUAACCUGCAGCGAGAGCUAAGCUAAACCAAAGUCAAGUCAUUUUAUUCUCAUGUUUCACAUCAGUCCAGUGGAUCACGUCCACGUGGUCACACGAGAUCAUAUUAUAUUUGUGUUCCACAGAUUUUAGUUUUUGUCUUGAAAUCAAACAUUCUAUGCAUUUAAGACAAAUCUCAGGCUUGUUUAAUGUGGUUUAUAUGUGAAAAAUGCUCUUAAUGAUCAAUAAUAGAAGUUAGACAGUCGUAUAUAGGUUUAUGUUCUUUACAAACUUAUACAUUUAUUAAGCAUGAAACUGAAUCUUGCUUUUAGUAAAUAUCUUGCCUUUGUAUAUUCCCGAAAGUUUGACUUGUAGGACGCCUUUGAGCUGCCUUUACGUUUUUACAUUUUCUGAGCUGCUAAAACCUGUCUAAUAUAUAUACAAAUAAGUAUAUAUAUAUAUGUAUGUAUGUAUGUAUAUAUAUAUAUAUAUAUAUAUAUAUAUAUAUAUAUAUAUAUAUAUAUAUAUAUAUAUAUAUGUGUAAGAUUUUCUACACAGAUAUAUUCUUAUUUGUCUGUCAUGGUGUCAUGAAAGCUCAGUGUACGCCCCACCCAUGGUUUGUAAGCACAAUUAUUCCCCCUUUGCCUUGUUAGGAGGCAGAAAGCCCACAGGACAAUGUUUCCAACAUGCUGGCACAUUCACAUCAUUGGCCCCUAAUUGGCUUUGUCCCUUGUGUGCGCUGGCACUGCUGUUAUUACUUUGCACAUUAAAAACAUCCAACAUUGUAA